AUGAUUAGAAUCCAGAAAAACAUCGUUGUAUUCAGCCCUAAAAGCUAUAAUACUUACCUACUUACUAUUUUAAAAUUUCAAAUAGGUAUUACGGAAAAAGUUGAUUAUUUUAAGAGUAUAAAUGUUGGAGCAAUUUGGUUAUCUCCAAUAUUUCAAUCUCCUCAAGAUGAUUUUGGGUAUGAUGUAUCAAACUAUAAGCAGGUCGAACCAUUAUUCGGUACUAUGGCAGACUUUGACCGGAUGCGAGAUGAAUUCCACAAAAAAGGUAUAAAAGUAUUGUUGGACUUUGUGCCAAACCACACGAGUGACGAACAUAUGUGGUUCACAAAAUCUGUACAGCGAAUUGAACCUUACACAAAUUAUUACGUGUGGAAAGACCCAAUCAUCAGUGAAAAUGGUACCAGAACACCUCCGAACAACUGGGUGGCCGUUUUCAAUACUGGGUCUGCSUGGGAGUGGAACGAACAACGCCAACAAUACUAUUACCAUGCGUUUCAAGUAAAACAACCAGACUUGAAUUACAGAUGUCCGAUGGUCGUGGAAGAAAUUAAAAACAUCAUAUUCUUUUGGCUGGGACGUGGUGUAGAUGGAUUCAGAUUCGACGCUGUCAAUUUCCUUUACGAAAGGGAAGAUUUGGAGGAUGAAUCAAAAUCAAACAAAAUCGGCAUUUUAGACACUGAUUACGAUUCGUUGUUGCACACCAACACUGUAGAUCAACCGGAAACUUUUGAAAUGGUGCGUGUUUGGAGAAAUCUGUUGGACGAAUAUGCGACAGCUGAAAAUAUGACAAACUUCUUUAUGGUGGAAUGUUACUCGCCAAUGAAUCUAACUAUGAUGUACUACGGAAACACGACAUCUCCUGGAGCUCAUUUUCCGUUCAACUUUAUGUUCAUCACUUCGUUCAGUCAGCAGUCUAACGCUUACGAUGUAUACGAUAUGGUUAAAUCCUGGAUGGUGAACAUGCCUGAAGACAAAUGGCCCAACUGGGUGCUCGGCAAUCACGACAAUUCGCGAUUAGCGACUAGGACGAACCCGUUGUUGGUGGACGGCCUACACAUGUUACAACUCCUGUUGCCUGGAACCCCAAUCACGUACUAUGCCGACGAGUUGGGUGUACAAAACACGUAUGUCCGCUGGAACCAAACUGUGGACCCGGCAGGACGUAACGUCGGUCCAUUGCGGUACACGCAAUUCACUAGAGAUCCAGCCAGAACUCCGUUUCCCUGGAAUGACUCUGAAAACGCAGGUUUUACUAACGGAACAAAUGGAACGUGGCUUCCUGUCAACCCGGAC